AUGAGAGUGAGUCGGCGCAAUCAGAUAGUGACGAGGAAUAUCUGCCCCAACCUUCUGGACUGUGAGCGUGAGAUGUCUGAGGACAAUGGUGCCCACGCCAACCUUGCAGGCAAUGAGCACCCUUCACCUUCCCAAGAUGCUGGUGCUGCUGCUAAUCUUGUAGGCUGUGAGGGAGAAGAGGUUGAAAUUGAGGAGGAUGAUCCCCGCUGCUUGAGAUCCUGUCACUUCACACCAUCAGAGAUAUACUUCAAUGACACCCUGUCUGGCGUACAAAGCACCCUGCCUACCCCCUGCCUACUGUUCCUUCUUGAGGAAUUGGUGGAUAGUGUGGUGCAGGAAACCAACAGGUAUGACCAUUAUCAUAUUACAAAAACCCAAGGCUCUCUUCAAAUGUAUCAAAAUUCAGAAUGCCUUAGUCUACUAAAUAUGCAUAUUUGUUUGGAGGUAUUCUCAUGCACUGAAAGAGAAGACUGCCCCCCUGGCGUAAAAGGGAAGCUCUCAAAAUGGGUGAACUUGGGCAGCUUGGGCAGGGCAUUUGGAAUAGUGUUUGUGCCUCACAAGGACUUGUGCAUUAAUGAGUCUCUCAUGGCUUGGAAAGGAAGGCUUGCAAUCCGCCAAUACAUCCCAUCAAAGCGCCACAGAUUUGGAGUCAAGUUCUUUGUUUUAUGUGACUGUCUGACAGGAUACAUUAUGUACAGGACCUGCUCAUCCACACCGACGCCACCACAGAUAUAAGGCAUUUUGAGGGUCUUGGCAUAUCUGGAUCAGUGGUGAUUACCAUGCUGCAGACAAACGCACAUUUCCAUGUUCUGUCCACUGUGAACACUUCUAUAAUGUUGGACACAGGAAAACUGGACUAUGUCAUUGGAGAGAGGAACAUGAAGCCAGACUGUGUCUUGGAGUACAACAAGAAGAUGGGGGCAGUUUACAAAGUGGACAUGCAGAACAGUUUUGUUGAGUGUGCCAGAAAGUCCAUUAAAUGGUACACAACACUUUUUUUCCACCUAAUAGACAUAGGUCUCCUCAACGGCCACAUUGUUCACCGACAGGUCAGAGGACAGAUGAUCUCGUACCAGCCGUACAGGAUAUACCUGAUGCGGCAGCUCCUUGAGGACCUGUGGGGGAAAAUUACAAAAUGAGUCAUAGAAUCCCGUGUUUUACUACUGAGAGAAUUGUCUCUUGUUAUAUGCUUGUGUUUUUAUCUAACCUGAUACAAACUUGUCUUUAUGUGACUUAGUCACAAGACUGGGCAUAUACAAUGAGGGAAAUAAGUAUUUGAUCCCCUGCUGAUUUUGUACGUUUGCCCACUGACAAAGACAUGAUCAGUCUAUAAUUUUAAUGGUAGGUUUAUUUGAACAGUGAGAGACAGAAUAACAACAAAACAAUCCAGAAAAACGCAUGUAAAAAAUGUUAUCAAUUGAUUUGCAUUUUAAUGAGGGAAAUAAGUAUUUGACCCCCUCUCAAUCAGAAAGAUUUCUGGCUCCCAGGUGUCUUUUAUACAGGUAACGAGCUGAGAUUAGGCACACUCUUAAAGGGAGUGCUCCAAAUCUCAGCUUGUUACCUGUAUAAAAGACACCUGUCCACAGAAGCAAUCAAUCAAUCAGAUUCCAAACUCUCCACCAUGACCAAGACAAAAGAUCUCCAAGGAUAUCUUGGACAAGAUUGUAGACCUACACAAGGCUGGAAUGGGCUACAAGACCAUCGCCAAGCAGCUUGGUGAGAAGGUGACAACAGUUGGUGCGAUUAUUCGCAAAUGGAAGAAACACAAAAUAACUUUCAAUCUCCCUCGGCCUGGGGCUCCAUGCAAGAGCUCACCUCGUGGAUUUGCAAUGAUCAUGAGAACGGUGAGGAAUCAGCCCAGAACUACACGGGAGGAUCUUGUCAAUGAUCUCAAGGCAGCUGGGACCAUAGUCACCAAGAAAACAAUUGGUAACACACUACGCCGUGAAGGACUGAAAUCCUGCAGCGCCCGCAAGGUCCCCCUGCUCAAGGAAGCACAUAUACAUGCCCGUCUGAAGUUUGCCAAUGAACAUCUGAAUGAUUCAGAGGAGAACUGGGUAAAAGUGUUGUGGUCAGAUGAGACCAAAAUGGAGCUCUUUGGCAUCAACUCAACUCGUCGUGUUUGGAGGUGGAGGAAUACUGCCUAUGACCCCAAGAACACCAUCCCCACUGUCAAACAUGGAGGUGGAAACAUUAUGCUUUGGGGGUGUUUUUCUGCAAAAGGGGACAGGACAACUUCACCGCAUCAAAGGGACGAUGGACGGGGCCAUGUACCUUCAAAUCUUGGGUGAGAACCUCCUUCCCUCAGCCAGGGCAUUGAAAAUGGGUCGUGGAUGGGUAUUCCAGCAUGACAAUGACCCAAAACACACGGCCAAGGCAACAAAGGAGUGGCUCAAGAAGAAGCACAUUAAGGUCCUUGAGUGGCCUAGCCAGUCUCCAGACCUUAAUCCCAUAGAAAAUCUGUGGAGGGAGCUGAAGGUUUGAGUUGCCAAACAUCAGCCUCGAAACGUUAAUGACUUGGAGGAGAUCUGCAAAGAGGAGUGGGACAUAAUCCCUCCUGAGAUGUGUGCAAACCUGGUGGCCAACUACAAGAAACGUCUGACCUCUGUGAUUGCCAACAAGGGUUUUGCCACCAAGUACUAAGUCAUGUUUUGCAGAGGGGUCAAAUACUUAUUUCCCUCAUUAAAAUGCAAAUCAAUUUAUAACAUUUUUGACAAGUGUUUUUCUGGAUUUUUUGUUGUUAUUCUGUCUCUCACUGUUCAAAUAAACCUACCAUUAAAAUUAUAGACUGAUCAUGUCUUUGUCAGUGGGCAAACGUACAAAAUCAGCAGGGGAUCAAAUACUUUUUUCCCUCACUAAGUUCCGUUUGGGUACGACCGCAGCAUGUGACACAUCCCAUGGUUUUACUAUCUGCAGGAAGUCAGCUGUAUGGAAACUUUCAGGAAGGAGCACAUUAGAGUGUGAACUGUGACAAACGCAGUUUGACAGUUGAGCCCUAGUGCUAUCAAUCUCGGGCUAUCUUAUUCUGCACAGACAAACCAAUUGCCUUUUUAUACUAUGUUCUUCCCGUUUCCACCCAUCUGCUAAACUGCCACGAAGACAAAGAGGUUGUACUUUCUAUAAAAGCCGAGAGCCAACUCUGUUCGUUGGACUUUUAACUCUGCACUGUUGAGUGGAUUGUUUACUGCUCCAUUUUGCCAAAUCUUAUAAUAAAGUUGCCAUUUGAGGAAUCUACAGUCUCUCUCUUCCUUUUGGUUAGAAUUUCCACCACAAUAUUUGGCACUCCAGACGGGACAGCUAACUCCGCCUGCUGAUCGUUCCUGGGGAGCCCAAAGUUAACCGUGCACGGAGGCUACAGUAGACGUGGCUAAGGGAGCCCACACUCCGAUUAAGCAGAGCAGAAAGGGACCCACCAAGGACCCGGCAGGGAGCGUCAGUGGACGGAUACGCCAUCCCGAACAGACAGAGUUAAGGGUGAGACUGAUUUUCUUAAAAUGUAACCUCCAAUUGGGGAAUGUUCUGGGAACUUUUAGAAACUCCUGUUCUGGGAAUAGGUCACAUGUUAGAGAUACCAGGACUCCUGAUGAAAGUGAUUCCAGGAUAAGAUCCUGAGGUACUAUAGAGAUACCAGGAUAUGUUCCUGAGGUAGAAGUAAGAAAAUCAUUGUAAAAUAAAAUUAAUUAAAUCCGUGGACUGAUAAAACGGUUGGUUAUGAUUGGGAAACCAGCUAUACAUUUAAAACCUACAUGGAAAUGUGCAUAGGAGGAACUACCAUGUGGGUAUAAAAUCCAAAAAUUACAUGAGUAAUGAAAUAAUAUUUUGAUGAAGAAGAAAAAAACUAUUUGAAUUAUAAGAAAAGAAGACAUUCCUAACUAAACACUGUUGUUUUGUGUUUGUGUCGGAGUGUGUGUGUAUAGACUGAGUUUCACAAUGGGAGCCAAGAGCAGCAAGGGAGAAACUUGCUUGCCCGACCCACUGACUGGACCGGUGAAGGUAAUGGCGGAUAAGUGUGGCAGAACAUUCUGGAACAGGUACUGCUCUGGCACAAGGUAGCAGAUUUUCCCUUAAAAGGCACAUUGAGUUGAAGCUUUAUUUGCAGAAUGUAGAAAGAAGUUACAGGGCUUUGAGACAACCAAGAAAGGCAAGGCAAGUAAAGUAAAGUAGAAUGGGGUGAUUUUAGGAAGUGGAAAGAGAAGCAGAGAGAAGGGCAGACAGGAAAGUUAAAGGAAUAAUGGUGAAAGGAAGUAAGAAGGAGAAACAGUCCCGUGUAGCUCAGUUGGUAGAGCAUGGCGUUUGCAACGCCAGGGUUGUGGGUUCGAUUCCCACAGGGGGCCAGUAUGAAAAUGUAUGCACUCACUAACUGUAAGUCGCUCUGGAUAAGAGCGUCUGCUAAAUGACUAAAAUGUAAAAUGUAAAUGUAAAUGUAAACAGACGGAGGAUGAUAAGAGAAGGAGAAACAGGGAUGAUGAUGACUUUCCACCCCCCAUUAUACCCCUGUCUCCACUGCACCAGCACCCACCCUGGUUGUCCAACAGCAGCCCGCUCAACCGUCUCCCCCGCCGCAGCUCUACCCCGAACAAGACCUGAUACAACUGCAGGACCAGCAGACUCCUCGGAGGCGGCCCAUGAGCAGUGGGAAUCCGUUCCUUACACCGCCCACAUUGACUCCUGUCUCUGGUGUUGAUGGACUCUGA